AUGGGCAAACGCAAGAAGGCGGCAAAGAAGCCACAAGGCCCCAAGAAGCGCGAGAAACUCGCUACAACCUUCCAAUGCCUCUUCUGCAACCACGAGAACUCCGUGCACGUAAAGUUCGACAAGAAAGCCGGCCUCGCCGAGCUGCGCUGCAAGGUCUGUGGCCAGACGUUUCAGACGACCAUCAACUCACUCUCCCACGCCGUCGACGUCUACGCCGACUGGAUCGACGCCUGCGACGCCGUGGCGAAGGAGGCGGCGGCUGCCGAUGCGCCGAAGGAGAGGUAUAGGGGGACUGGGAGGCCGAGGGCUGCGCCUGCGGCGACACAGGAGGACGAUGAUGGGGAUGGGUUUGUGGUGGAUGACGAGUUGGAUGCUGAGGGGGAGUAUGCGGAUGAGUGA